CCUGUCCCCUUGGCUGGAACAGCAUCGUCGCGCUCGGAACCUCUUCUUUGAUGAUGUAGUUGGUGGUCCGGUGUUGCAAUCGUCGGCGUGGGUGGUGAGCUAGCAGCUAGAGAGGCACAUGCACACGACUGCUCUGAGACCGGUGCACCAUGUCCCGCAAUCCCUCUCGUCUGGCCCGUAGUCUGCAAUUGACUCGCCGGCCACUCAGCCCCGGCCCGUUCCUCUGCGUUGCUCGUCUUUCCCCGCCCCGAUACUCCCCUCUCCGACCAUCUGUCCAUCCAGCCCAUCACCCUCCUAUUGUCCCCUCUCGACACCUUACUACAAGUACUACAAGCAUCAUCCCCACCACAAUGAGCACCCUUGACCCCCGCUACGACCAACUCUUCCGCGACCUGGAACACCAAUUCCAAACCACCGCCCUCCCCGCAGAGAAAUGGUACAUCCUAGCGAUCGCAACGAUCGUUGCCGGCCCGGACCCCGAACGCGUCGACCAGCUCUACCUCUACCUCACCUCACAAGCCGCCUACCAAACCCCACAGUCCCGACAAGCCCUCUCUCGACGCAUCCGCGAAGCGCUCUUCAAAUCCGUCAUCAUCGUGGGAGUCUGCAAACCCCUCGAAGCGAUCCUCGCAAUCAGUAAACUCGAAGCCCCGGAGGACAAAGACUACACAUUCACGCGGGAGAGCUGGCAAUGCGACGAGGCCAAUCUGGCACGAGGCACCGCAUGGUUGGAGAAACUCUACGCACGGAAUACCUCCAACACGUUGGAUUUGUUCGCCGCGCAUAAGGACUUUGCGUGGUUGUCGAAGGAAAUCACCUACGGGUUGUUUUUGAGUGAUCGGAGUGUGUUGGAUGAUUUGGAUACCCAGCUCGUGGUGUUGCCGGCCAUUAUGAGCCAGAAUUUGAGGACUGAGACGCAUUGGCAUAUUCGGGGCACGAGACGGUUGGGGGUGAGUAAGGAGGAUGUGCAGGUGUUGUGGGAUCAGGUGCAGUAUGUGGCGGGGUUUUAUGGGGGGAAGUUGGAUAAGGUGCCGACUGUAGAGGAGGUGGAGUAUGAUGUUUGAUCCUUAGUGUGGUUGUAGGGUGUAUAUAGAUAGGUGUACUCCGUAUAGAUCUGGACAUAUCACUUCGGAUAGAUGGGU